CGGUCACCGGCUCCGGCAGCGGCUCAGAGCGACUUAGCGCGGCGCGGCGAGCAAGACAUUCCACGGGACCCGCGGAGCCACGUCGGGAUCGCAGCUGAGCUCCCGCACCCUAAACUUCCUCGGCCUCCGCCCCUUCGGCACGUCCCCCGCGACCGCCCACGGGACGGCGUGAUCCCGUCAGGGCUCUCGGUGCUCCCGGGGCCGCGCGCCAUGGGCAGCCCCCGCUCCGCGCUGAGUUGCCUGCUGUUGCACUUGCUGGUUCUCUGCCUCCAAGCCCAGGAAGGCCCGGGCGGGGGGCCUGCGCUGGGCAGGGUGCCCGCUUCCCUGCUCCGAGCUGGCCGGGAGCCCCAGGGUGUUUCCCAACAGGUAACUGUUCAGUCCUCACCUAAUUUUACACAGCAUGUGAGGGAGCAGAGCCUGGUGACGGAUCAGCUCAGCCGCCGCCUCAUUCGGACCUACCAGCUCUACAGCCGCACCAGCGGGAAGCACGUGCAGGUCCUGGCCAACAAGCGCAUCAACGCCAUGGCAGAAGACGGGGAUCCUUUUGCAAAGCUCAUCGUGGAAACAGAUACCUUUGGGAGCCGGGUUCGAGUCCGUGGAGCAGAGACAGGUCUUUACAUCUGCAUGAACAAGAAGGGGAAGCUGAUUGCCAAGAGCAACGGCAAAGGCAAGGAUUGUGUCUUCACGGAGAUCGUGCUAGAGAACAACUACACAGCCCUGCAGAAUGCCAAGUAUGAGGGCUGGUACAUGGCCUUCACCCGCAAGGGCCGGCCCCGCAAGGGCUCCAAGACGCGACAGCACCAGCGCGAGGUCCAUUUCAUGAAGCGGCUGCCCCGCGGGCACCACACCACUGAGCAGAGCCUGCGCUUCGAGUUCCUCAACUACCCGCCUUUCACGCGCAGCCUGCGCGGCAGCCAGAGGACUUGGGCCCCCGAGCCCCGAUAGGCGCCUGCCCGGCCCCUCCCACAGUCGCCGCCGGGGACACUGGAGAGCAGCUCUGUCAGCUGAGAGCUGCGCCGCAAGGGCGGGGGAGGUGCUGGCGGAGCCCGCGUUCUAGUUGUUGAUAUUGUUUGCUGUUGGGUUUUUUGUUUGUUUGUUUGUUUUGUUUUGUUUUGUUUUUUUAACAAAAAAAGAGGCUCUAUUUUUGUAUUCCA